CGCAGAGAAGAGGAGAACCCGGAAGCGCAGUCCCGCUGCAGUAAACAAUCCACAGGCGAUGGAGAAACUCCCGCAGCUUCCACUCGAAGUCUGGAUCACCAUCUUCAGCUAUCUGAGCAACGAGGACAAGAACCGGGUCCGGACCUGCUGCCGGUUCCUGCAACGGCUCAUCGACCACCCGGCCCUGUGGAGGGGCUCCACGGUGGUGCUGUCCGACCUCCGCCGCUACACUUACGGCUUCUGGGAGACCUUGCACCGCCGCGGGAUGACCCGGGUGGCGGUGCGGCACCUCCGGCGGAAGGAAUGGCGGAGGCUCGUCACCUUUCUCCCGUCCCUCACCGCCAUCGUGUUCGUGGACGGGGGCCGGCUGUACAAGGAGCAGUACCUGGUUAACCUGAUCCGCUUCCCGGAGCUCAGAGACCUGGGGGUGCGGAACGCCACCUGGGAGGAGCGGAUGCUGGGGCCGAGGCUAACGGAGGCUCUGCGGGAGCGGCUCACCCACCUCAGCGUGUGUAACGUCCGGCUGCCGUCUGCCGUGGAGCUGGUGGAGGCCGUGUCACAGAUGGUCAACCUGCGGUACCUGCUCUUCCAUCAGCACGGGGAGGGUCUGGGGGUCAACACGGUCCGCCCGGUGCCCCGCCGGGUCUUCCACAACAUGAUGCUCCGGCUCAAAAAGCUCCGGCACCUGAGCUGGGGGAUGAGGGGGGAGCCGCGCCAGCCGCUGGCCGAGGACUACUUCAGCCCUGCGGAUCCGGAGCAGCCAGGUGAGUUCAGGUACAGCGGUCCGACACUGACCACUCUGGAGCUGGUGGACUGCCCGGAGACCAUCCUGCCGGAGAACGCCCUGCGGAGCCUGACGUCGCUGCAGUCGCUCACCGUCCAGUACAAGUCUAUCCGUCUGGGCAUCGAGUGCCGCCUCCGGAUGUGGCUGGCACCGCUGCAGCAGCUGGAGACGCUCAGCAUCAUCGGUGGUCACUCUCUGUCCGCCUACACCUCGUCCAUCCCGUCCACCGUCACCAGGCUGAUGCUCAGAGUGCCCAUAACGCUCAAGGACAUGGACUCCAUCGCACUCCAAGUCCCGGCGCUGACACAUCUGGAUGUGCAACAGAACUGGUCCAGUGGAAGGCUCUGUAAAAGGAUCCCCACAUUGUUCCCUGAGCUCAGGACGCUCCACAUCCGGUUUGUUCGUCGGGAACCAGAGAAGGACCUGCUGAGCCUCCAUAAAUUGAAACACCUGGAGCGUCUGGAGCUGGUGGUGGAUCGUCUGUUCAUGAAAGGCGAGAUGUGGCCGACGCCGUACGUUCAGGAGCUGAUCAACCGGCUCCGCCAGCUGUCGGGAAACCGGAUCUACAUCGUCACCAAAGCACGGCAGAGGAACCUCCUGCGGGAAUGUGACUGUGUGUACGAGGGCGACUGAGGCGGCGAGCGGCGAACCCGGUUCAAGGGUGAUUUCUUCCUGAUAUGAGACGAGCUCUGAGACGCCGUCGGCCAGAGGACAGAAUGAGCACAGCUGCUGGAGAAGAGCAGAUAAACGCUUCCAGAAGAAUAAAUGAAUGGACUGAGAAGGGAUUUGAACGGUAACAGGGCUUCACAGCAGCAAAGACGGUGGAAGAACGGAGAGGAUUUGGGCCAAAGACCGAUUCUGUGUUUUUUAAUUUCUCUAAAUGAUUCAUGAGUCUUUAAUAAUAAUAAUAAUACUAAUGAAUUCGAUUUCUAUCACACUUUUUAAGGCACCCAAACCGCUUCAUAUUAUCAAUCCAUUAUUGAUUCGCUCACCCAUUCACACACUGAUGGUGUUAAACUACGUUAGUUUAAUCGUAGUUGUUGUGUUCCUGUUUACAUUAGAAUGAACUGUGAAAUGACUCUAGUGCCAUCAGUAGUCUGAAUGUGCACUGGACUUCCCUUUAAAGGGCUCAUAUUUAUCUAAACCCACUUUUAUUAGUCUUUAGUUUAUUUAUUUUAGUAUUUGGACCCUAAUAGUUCCAAAAGUUUGAAUUUGAACC